AUGAAAAUAAGUAGCAGUGUCGUUUUAUUGAGCUCUUGGCUGAUGUGUGCCGAAGCUCUGCAAGCGUAUAAAUGGUGUACUGGCCCAUUUCUAAGGGAUACUGUCAAGAAAUGUUCGGCGGAUCAUAAUGUGGGUGAAGAGGCUCUCCAAGAUUUCAUUUUCAUACGUCCGGCCAUGAAUGAAAAUUCCAAAUGCUUUCGGGCCUGCAUCUUUGAGGAGUGUCUUUUGUUCAAUAAACGUGGCCAUUUUCUGAAAAAUGUACCACAAACCACAGGCUGGAUGGCAUCGAGACGAAAUCCCUUUCACCGCGAGAUAGCCGAGCUAGCAGCUGCAUAUUGCGUAAAACAAGUUCCAAGUGAUGUCGAUAAAUGCGAGAGUACCGAGAUCUUUUAUAAAUGCAUUGCCGAGAGGGCCCCGGUGACAAUAACCUUUGAGGGAGCCAUGUAGAUGACAAGAAGUUCUUAAAUUG